CCGUAGCACCAGGCGGGACUUCCGGCGAGUUUUCCUCUUCGCGGAUGGGACUUCAGUGAGGGUUAGUGAGGAGACAGAAAGGGUUUGGUCCGUUCCGGUAACGUUCUGGGUGUCACCGGUCGGUGUGUGCGUCAGCGCGGCUCCGAACUGCCGCAGACAGCCCGGGCGGCGGAGGUGUUCCAGCCCCGAAGAAGCCCCCCACCCCCCGUAGAUGAACGUCGUCCUCGGCUAUGCUGCCCUGAGAGCGCCGCCGGUGUGGUACCCGCCCUGCCAACAUGUCUGAUGUCAACAAGACUCUGCAGAAAUGGCACGCCAGUUUCAGAAAAGGCACAGACUUUGACUCGUGGGGACAAUUAGUGGAGGCGAUAGACGAGUACCAAAUUCUUGCGAGGCAGUUGCAAAAAGAAGUGCAGUCAUCAAACUCAACAGACUUCACAGAAGAGCAGAAGAAACAUUUAGGGAAGAUUGCAACAUGCCUGGAGAUGAGGAGUGUCAGUUUGCAGUGCACACAGUCGACAGAGGAGUUCAAAUUGGAAGACUUAAAGAAAGUGGAAAGCAUCAUCAAGAACUUAUUGACUUACAACAAAGAAUUUCCCUUCGACGUCCAGCCGGUGCCCUUAAGAAAAAUCCUCGCUCCUGGUGAAGAGGAGAACCUGGAGCUCGAGGAAGAAGAUGCCGCCGCAGUCGCCGGUUCCACAGAAGCGUUCCCCCCGAGAGCUCCCGGCACCUUGUUGCCACGGUUACCCUCCGAACCUGGAAUGACGCUGCUUACAAUAAGAAUAGAAAAAAUUGGUUUGAAAGAUGCCGGGCAAUGCAUCGACCCGUACGUGACCAUGAGUGUCAAAGAUUCGAACGGGGUGGACUUGAACCAAGUGCAGGACACCCCCGUGGCCACCAAAAAGGAAGACAUCUACAUUCACUUCAGCAUGGACGUCGAGAUCCAAAGGCAUGUGGAGAAACUACCUAAAGGGGCAGCUAUUUUCUUUGAAUUUAAGCACUACAAACCCAAGAAGAGGUUUACCAGCACAAAAUGUUUUGCCUUCUUGGAAAUGGACGAGAUCAAGCCUGGACCCAUCGUGAUUGAGCUGUACAAGAAGCCCACUGACUUCAAGAGGAAGAAACUUCAACUUCUCACAAAGAAGCCCCUUUAUCUUCAUCUUCAUCAAACCUUGCACAAGGACAGCUAAGACGCCCUCACAUGCAAUAUAGCACUACUAAAUCAUAGUAUUUUUUUCUCCGUGGCUAUAUUAACAGAGUAAAGGGAACUGAGCCACAAGUUGGUGGCAUCCACACAUUUCUUUCCUUUAUAAUUUUUUAUUUUUUUUUUAAGUGCAUACCCUGGUAAAACCCAUAUUUUGGACUAUUUGGAGGACAUGUUUCAUGCUGCAACACUUUGGAACUCAACGUGUUGCGUCGGGACUCCACGCAAGGUUGUGUCAAUAUGCGGUGCUCACCUGUCUCUGUUUGCACUGUUGGACCUUGAAACAGAAGUGUGCAAAACAUGCUGCCAAAAAGCUGACGCCAUGUGUAGCAAAUAUUCAUUAAACUGGGACAUUUACUGAAUCAUUUAAAAGGCAGACACUAACAACAAAGCACAUCUCUAAUAAGAGUCCACGCGGAGACAUUUUGGUGCUUAGUAACAUCUUUUCAGAUAUUAGUUAUUGUUCAAUUUAAAGUAAUUUGAAUAAUGUAAGUGGAAGUUGGGCAUGCAGAAUUUUUGUUUUCACCAACUCUUAAAAUCAAUUAAUCCAUAAAUACAAGAUCUGCCCCUUCACCAAAUUGUAUGACGACAAAAUUACUAACAUCUAUACAGUGUAUGUAAAAUUUUGCAAUAAAAAAAACUUAACUGUAAAUAAAAAGAAUAAUUUCCUUGUUGAAGCUUCACCAUUUAACCAAACAAUCAUAUAAUUACUGCAAAGUAAAAUCCAUCCAUCCAUCCAUUUUCUGAGCCGCUUCUCCUUACUAGGGUCGCGGGCGUGCUGGAGCCUAUCCCAGCUGUCAUCGGGCAGGAGGCGGGGUACACCCUGAACUGGUUGCCAGCCAAUCGCAGGGCACAUAGAAACUAACAACCAUUCGCACUCACAGUCAUGCCUACGGGCAAUUUAGAGUCUCCAAUUAAUGCAUGUUUUUGGGAUGUGGGAGGAAACCGGAGUGCCCGGAGAAAACCCACGCAGGCACGGGGAGAACAUGCAAACUCCACACAGGCGGGGACGGGGAUUGAACCCCGCACCUCAGAACUGUGAGGCUGACGCUCUAACCAGUCGGCCACCGUGCCGCCGCAAAGUAAAAUACAACAUAUAAAAUAAAACAAAUUGUAAUUCCUUAAAAAUAAUUAAUUUGAACACCUCCUGGUUCCAGCUGCUGCUUCAACUCUAGUAAAUAUUCAAAUUACUAAUAAUGAAAAUACAGCAUGAGCUAAUCAUAAAAAGUAAUUCCCUCAAAAUCAUUUGAAUAGUAUUCCCGGUUCAAGCUCCGCACCUUCGCUGAAUUUUACAUUUAUAAAAUGACUAAUAAUUUAAAAUAACUAAUAAUAAGCGCAUCUAAAAUAUAGUAAUUAUAUUGUAAUAAAUGAUUGGGUAGGCUCCAACUCACAUACAACCCUUGUUUUAUUUUCAUGGUUUCUAUCCUUUUUUUUUUGUCCUGUUCGGCUCUUAGGUCAAGCAGAAUGGAAAAUCUGUAACCCUUUUAUGCCGGAACAGUUUUACUGUGUCACGGGAGUUUUUAAGCUUCCACUGUGGUAUUAUAAUUGAGGUUUAUUGAGAAUCAGACUUGAUCAGUCGAACAGAACAAAGUUUCUAGAAGGUAGAGAGAAACAAAAGACAAAGCACUAAUAUACAACCCUUGUGAACAUAAGCGGUAUAGAAAAAGGAUGGUUUCGUUUUUAUUAAUACUUCGUUUCAAGCCCCCUAAAUAUUUAAAUGAUUAGUUUUGAUUAAAUAAAAGCCCUAGUUCAAGCUAAGCCCUUGACCAAAUGUGAUAUGCUGUACAUUACUACUAAUAAAAAUGAAUCAAAUACAAAAUAAGUAACCUAAAAAAUGUAAUUAAAAUUACCUUUUAGCUCCAAACCUAUUUGCAUAAUGAUGAAUACUUAUGAUUUUGCCAUCAAAUCAAGAUGUGAUUGAAGUGUAGACAGCUUAGCUUUAAUUUAACAUGUUUCACAAAAAUAUUUUCCUAUCAACCAUUUAGGAAUUACAGCCAUUUUAUGCAAAGUACCUCUGUUUUUCAAAAUAUUUGGACAAUUGACCGACUGAAGACAAACAAACAGAUAAAACAGAUUGGUAUCAGUUAUUGAGUUUGACAUUUGGCAGCUAUUUGACUGGAGCUACCCAUAUGAACAAAUAAAUUCAGCAUUUAGUUAAAUGUUUUGGUGUCCCCCUCCAGACACUUUGAAUGACAUUUGGAUUAAGUAGUUAUUCACUCACUCGUCACUCUGACCUUCCUGCUCAUGUCGGGUGACAUUGGCAGAGUAAUAACAUAUUUGCGUUAACUUUUGUUGCACUUAAUUUGAAUGUCACAUUUGUAUGCACAAGAUGUGUUUUGGCCUCACAUCCUGCAACUGAAAGUGUGAGGGGUGCACAGGCAGUCAAAUGGAUGCAACGAGGUUUGGAUUUGGACAUUUUUCCCCACAUUUUUUUUUUUUUUUUUUUAUAAAUUUGUCAUCUAAUAUUAUGGUCUUCAUUCAUUUUGAUUGCAAUACUUGAUUUUUAGAUUUUAUUUUUGUAAGGUCCAGGACUAUAAAUGACCAGACACACUAACUGAUGAAGAUGCAGUAACUGUAUGUGUGAAAGUGUGACACGUAUGCCUGGACUGAUAAGACUGACAAGGUAAUAUGAUCAAUACAUUCAUUUCUAAUAAACAGAAAAGGCAUUUUAGUGAA